AUGUUGGCACAAGUUGAACAAGAAGGAGGGGGAGAAAGGGAAAAUGUUUAUCUGACUGGGGUGGACAAAAAUGAAGAUACGUCUGGUGUUCAAAUGAGUAAUAACAAAGAAAAGGGAACCAAAAAGCAAAGGGGCACAAGAGAGAAUGAACUUGUAGAGGGGAACAAUCAGCCACAAAUACAUAAUAUGGAUACAUCAAGUGACAUAGAUGACAAUCAUCACGCAAGCAACAAAGGAAGUGGUAGGGUGGAAAGGAAUUUUGAGGAAGAUGGAUCAAUAAAUGAGACCUAUGAGGUGAAUAAUCAGGUUAAGAAAAAGGAGAGUGAUGAUUCUACAUCACUUUCAGCUGCUGUGACUGAAGAAUCCCAAACUUCUCCUCCGUCAUCUUCAUCUCCUGCAUCGUCUUCCAAAUUAGUUCUUGUUGUUGGUGGAUCCGGUGGCGUUGGACAGAUAGUUGUAGCAUCAUUACUCAAUCGGAAUGUCAAACUGCGUCUCAUUCUUCGAGACCCUGAGAAAGCAACUACUCUAUUUGGCGAGCAGGAUGAGGAAAAACUGCAGGUAUGGAAAGGUGACACGCGGAGUCCUACAGGCAUAGAUCCAUCUGUAUUUGAGGGUGUAACUCAUGUUAUUUGCUGCACUGGGACCACUGCUUUUCCGUCUAGGCGGUGGGAUGGAGAUAACACUCCAGAAAGAGUAGAUUGGGAUGGCGUGAGAAACCUUGUUUCAGCAUUGCCUAAGUCACUAAAAAGAAUUGUUCUUGUUUCAUCUAUUGGCGUCACAAAGUUCAAUGAGUUGCCUUGGAGCAUCAUGAACCUUUUUGGUGUUCUAAAGUAUAAGAAGAUGGGGGAGGAUUUUGUUCGCAAUUCUGGUCUUCCGUUCACCAUAAUCAGAGCUGGUAGAUUAACAGAUGGACCAUACACAUCAUAUGAUUUGAACACACUGUUACAAGCUACAGCUGGCGAACGGCGUGCAGUUUUGAUAGGUCAAGGGGAUAAACUAGUUGGAGAAGUUAGUAGGCUUGUUGUUGCAGAAGCUUGCAUACAGGCAUUGGACAUAGAAUUCACAGAAGGACAAACUUAUGAAGUAAACUCUAUUCCGGGUGAUGGACCAGGAACAGAUACACUGAAGUGGCAGGAGCUAUUUAAAGCUUCUCACAGCAGUUAACUGCAGUUCAACUAUAUUUUCUUAUACAGUUUAUCAGAGGAAGCUUUCGAUUUAUCUAUACACAUACACU